CUAGUAGGGAAGAGAGGAGUAAGAUGGCUUCUGCAGACCUGGUCCAGGAUUUAACGUGUCCCAUUUGUCUGGAGGUGUUCACCGAUCCGGUCUCUCUGGAGUGCGGACAUCACUUCUGCGCAACGUGCAUCUCUCAGGUUUGGGAGAGGGUCUCGGGGAAUGUCUCCUGCCCUCAAUGCCGGCAGGUGUUCGCCCAGAGGAACACCAGGCCCGCUCGCAUCCUGAGCAACGUCGCGGAGAAGGUCAGGCAGCUGAGGGUGGGGGCGGCCGAGCGGAAGGAGGAGUUUGUCUGCCGGGAGCACGACGAGAAGCUGAAACUGUUCUGUCAGGAGGAACAGGAGAUCAUCUGCCUGGUGUGUGGCCUGUCUGCGAAGCACAAGAUGCACAAUGUCAUCCCGAUAAAGGAGGCAGCCCAGGGGCACAAGGAAAAGUUGGAAGAGUCACUGAAGCUUUUGCAAGAGCGAAUGAAUCAGAGUGUUCGGAGUCAGCAGGAAGGGGAGACUGCAAUCCGGCAGCUGAAGGACCAGGUUGAUGGACGGAGCUGUGAGGUCAGGGCUGAAUUUGAGAAGAUGCACCAGUUCCUGCGUGAGAGGCAACAGCAGAUGGAAGCAGAACUGCAGAGAGAAGCGGACAAAAUCCUAACACAACUGGAAACCAACUUAAAGAGAACCGUCGAUGAAAUCUCUUCUCUUGAACAAGUGAUACAAGGUGUAAAAGUGAGAUUGCAAAUUGACGAUCCCUAUGGGCUCCUCAAGGAUAUUCAAGCCCUUUUGAGAAGGUGUGAGUUGCCGGUUUCCAUUCCUGGAGUGGUGUCUGUCGAUCUUCCUGAGGUUGCGGGUGAAGGAAGAUUGAGAUAUCUCAAAGUGUGGAAGGAAAUGAGAGCCAUGGUUUCACCAGUGCCAGAGCGGCUGACGCUGGACCCGGAUACAGCUCAGAAUAAUCUCGUCCUCUCUCAGAAUCCAAUGAGUGUGAAGUACGUGAUCAGGAAUCAAAAUUUUCAGGAUCACCCAAGAAGAUUUCGAAGAGAAUUUUGUGUUUUGAGUUCUCAGAGUUUCAUGUCUGGGAGGCACUACUGGGAGGUGUGUGUUGGAAAUAAGACUAGCUGGAUUGUGGGUGUCUGCAAAGGGUCUGUAAACAGGGAUAGAGGCAUUUCCUACACACCAGCAGAGGGAUACUGGGUUAUUCAUGUCUGUUCUAAUUCAGUGAUGAUACCAAAGGUCAUUUCCCAUCUUGAAAUUAAACUCCGAAAACUGGGGGUUUACCUGGAUUACGAGCGGGGCCAAGUGUCAUUUUACAAUGCCGACAAUAUGUGUCACAUCCACACUUACACAGACAGUUUCACUGAAAAACUUUGUCUCAUCUUAAAUCCAUGUAAUAACAACACAGGUGACAACACUGAACCACUCACACUGCUCACCACUUAACACAGUGGGACACGUUCUCUGAGGUCUCAGACUUCUCUGGACCCACUGAGCAGAUCUCACUGCACUGAUUCUCUGAAAUACAACCAGAAAAAACCAGAGCACUCAGCAGUAGGGGAAACAUAGUUAAUGUUUCAGGUCCAGACCAGCAUGUGAGAACUGAUUCUGUGCCAUUGCUACUGACAGGUGAGGCUGUUUAUAUUGACGUCUAAUCUGUAAAUUUGACUCUUUGUCUCCUUCCCAGCUCUCUCUCACACUCUCUCCUACUGACCGCAGUUCAGGUGCACAUUGUGUUAGAAUACAGUGAAGUGGACUGUUCUCUGGAAUUGUGAUAUCUGCAUCUAGCAAUCAGUGUGAAUAUGUGCAGAUAUUCUCUGUGUCAUUAUCAUUUAACCUGCAGAGUGAACUGACAAUGUGUCUGAGCUGGUUACGUUGGGGAAACAGUGAAUGGAAUGGGAACAAAAUGAGAGACGGAGGUUUGGGUUCAGUGCUGGAGGGAGACCGGGGAGUGGUUGCCUCUCAGUUUUUAGGGAGAUUGCAGUCUCGUUCUGGAAGAGACAUGCACUUCCCUCUGUCGUGUCUAUGAAAGGCAGAGAGGCUGGUCCAAUUAAACAGAGCACUCUUUAAUGCCCAGAGAAGGCAACGUGGAACUCAGAAAGUCAGUUUAAAUUGGGUUUAAUGAUUAUUGAUUACCUCAGCAUGAUUUACAGCAUGCUGUGCAUGAAGAAAUGUAAUGGGAAUGCAAUCCCAGUGUAUGAAGACUUCAUUUGUCAAAGUCAAGGUGGAGUUUCUCGUCACAUGCACAAGUACAUGUCUGCACAGGUGCAACGAAAACCCUGCAGCUGCAUCACAGGCACACGGCAUGAUAGAAACAGCUUUCACAAGAAAAGAACAUUUACAGGAAAGAAUACAAUAUGAAGACAAGAAAAACAAAGUCCAUUUUAGUGUCAAUUGAUUAAAGGAGUCAGGUUUUGCUAAUCUGGAGUGAUUAGUGUUUUGCAGGUUGGUUUAGCCACUGAUUUGUUAAAGGGAAGUAACUGUUCUUGUACCUGGUGGUGUGGGACUUUAGGUCUCUGUACCUCCUGUCUGAUGGUAGCUGCAAGAAGAUGACUUGGACAGUUGGUAUCGUCCGUGGCAGAUGUUGCCUUCUUGAGGCGGUGUUUCAUGUAAAUACCGCCAAAGGUGGGUGGGGUGGAGUAUGCUAGCAAUGCAUCUUCUUACACUCCUGCAUGUUCGCAUAUUUCUACCAGACCAUAAUGCUACCUGUCAGGAUGCUUUCAAAAUAAAAUGUUUGAUGACACUGAAGCUCUUAAUAAAGUAAAGACAAUG